AUGGACGCAUGUUUUGUGUUUCUUGAUGAGGCGCAUACAAGAGGAAUCGAUCUAAAGCUCCCGGUCAACUAUCGUGCCGCGGUCACAUUGGGCCCGGGGAUCACAAAGGACAAGCCGGUACAAGGUAUGAAUUCCGACAUCCGAUAUGAGACGACGUCAAGAAGUGACAGUAUUAUAGCCUGCAUGAGAAUGAGAAAGCUAGGCAACGGACAGUCUGUUGUCUUCUGCAUACCGAAUGAAGUCAAAUUUAGCAUCCUCGCCUUACGUCGCAAGGAUGGAGGCUCACCCAUCGAUGUCUCAGAUGUUCUGCUCUGGGCAAUUGCUGAGACUUGGAGUGAAAUUCGACGAAGUAUUCCUCUUUGGGCAGUACAGGGUAACCGUUUUGAGCGACAACAAGAACUGUGGCAGGAUUCUCGUCAAAGUGAGAGUGUCGAAAUAACGUCGAUCCAAGCCCAAAGAUUUCUCGAGCCCGAAUGUCAGACUCUCGAACGACGAUACCGACCUGGUUACCAAGAGCGGCCGCUGUUUUACUCUUCCUCGGAUAAUAAUCAAAACAUGAAUAAGAUAGCUAGGCGUUGUCGAAAGUUUAAAGGUCUCGACGUUUUAUCAUCCCGUCUUCAGGAGGAGCAGGAGCGCGAGCUCGCACCAGAGAUUGAGAUCGAGCCUCAAGUUCAAAGGCCUCCACCAGCUACACCAGCAGCACACCACGUCCACCCACACAUAACCUCCUUUGUCGCUACGGGUGAUCUUGCGAGCGCUUCCGAAGCCUACAAGCCGGCUUUCUACACACUGCGAAGUACCUCCGCAGCCUCCUUUCUCGACAUAACUGAGUUCCCUUCCGGUGUCCUAGCUACGACAGAGUUCUCUACAACAAUCAAAAUUCCCACGGGCUCACCAUUGUUUGCUGAUGCUUUCCAGCGGCCCGUUAGGUGGAUUCUGACGAGUAACCAUCGUGUGCCUUGCGAUGAAAGAACUGUGAUGCAAAUGAUGAUCAUCAGCCCUUACGAAGCCAACUGCUUGAUGCCCGAGAUACGUAAAUCGAAUGCUGUUUCUCUUCGUCUAUAUGCACCACGCCAUAAUCGAGGAUGUCUCCCCUUGGAUAAACUGGCGUUAUACACUGUCCCUGAACAUGCUAACAAGAGCGAAGCUCCCGACAUACUUCGGAUCGAGCUCAACCUCUUCGCUGGACAGCUGUACCUUGAUUCAUACUCCGAGUACAAGGACCUCUGUGAGUUUUUAGGGGUGGCAUCUUUCAAAACGCCUGCUGGCUUAGUCGUUGCGGCAGAUGGUUUCAUCCAGGGAGGUAGCCAACGAAUAAGGGAGGUUUUCAGCCAAAGUCCGCUCAAGUUUCUUAAGGUUCUUAUGUCGCAGAUUAGAAAGGAUUGUCAGGAUAUUGGACGGACACAUAUGGGCCACAUUCUUGAUGGCCGAUUGCUGUUUCCGUCCGACUUUGUGGAAUCGGCGCGAGCAUCCGUAGAGGGAAAUCUUCGGACAUUGGAAAUCUAG